GAAGAAGAAGAAGAAGAAAAGAAGAAGAGGAGGAAGAAGAAGAAGAAGAAGAAGAAGAAGAAGAAGAAGAAGAAGAAGAAGAAGAAGAAGAAGAAGAAGAAGAGAAGAAGAGGAAGAAGAAGAAAAGAAGAAGAGGAGGAAGAAGAAGAAGAAGCAGAAGCAGAAGUUGUUGGUGCUGUGUGGUACUCGGUGGUACAGCACUGACCUAGCAUGCACAGGGCAAAUUCAAACCCCAGAAAUGAAAAUUAAGAAAUAGAAAAGAAAGAAACGUGUUUUCUAAAGGUUCUCUGCUUCAAGGAAAAAAAAGAAACACGAGUGUGGUGCACAUGCUUUUAAUCGCAGCUUUGGGAGGCAGAGGCAGGCUGGCCUCUGUGAGUUCAAGGCCAUCCUGGUCUACAGAGUGAGAUCCAGAACAGCCAGGGCUAUGCAGAGACCCUGUCUCCAAAGAGAGAUCAGCAGAGAAAGAAAAAGAAAAGAAAAGAAAAGAAAAGAAAAGAAAAAACUAUCUGGCGUAAACUCAUACUUCUUCCAUUCUUAAUUACUAUGCCAUUAUAACACUAGCGCUCGGCUGUAACUCUGCUGCAGAGCGCAUGCGCUGGGUCCACCUUCCUGUCCCAUAAGUAAACAAAAUGCACUAGGUGUGGACUGGCACCCACCCCACCCGGCAGUGACCAUGGAUCCUGGAGCUGGCUCUGACUCAUCUCUGACCGUGAAUGAGCAGGUCAUUGUGAUGUCAGGCCAUGAGACCAUCCGAGUGCUGGAAGUCGGGGUGGACGCUCAGCUCCCGGCUGAGGAGGAGAGCAAAGGACUGGAGAGUGUGGCUGCUGAUGGCUCCCAGAGUAGAGGCCCUGCCGAAGCUGGUGAACCUGCUGCUGAAGCCGGGCAGCGCGACCCAGACCACUCUGCAGAGGCAACUGUGAAGUCGCUGCCCGGGAUCCCUCCGAGUCCUGCCCCAGCCAUUGCCACCUUCAGCCAAGCCCCAAGCCAGCCUCAGGCAUCACAGACCCUGACGCCACUGACCCUACAAACUGCCCCCCAGGUCUUGACUCAGGAAAACUUAGCCACAGUUCUGACAGGAGUUGUGGUUCCGGCAGGGGCGGUUACUCAACCUCUUCUUAUCCCCAUCAGUAUUGCAGGUCAGGUGUCUGGGCAGCAGGGGCUGGCCGUGUGGACAAUCCCUACAGCAGCCGUGGCUGCCCUCCCUGGACUGGCCGCUGCGUCUCCUACCGCGGCAGUCUUCAAGCCAGCGUUAGCUGGGCUCCAAGCAGCUGCCGUGCUGAACACCGCUCUCCCGACACCUGUACAAGCUGCCCCACCAGUCCAGGCCUCCUCGCCCACCCAGCCCCGGCCACCAGCUCAGGCCCAGCCGCUGCUACAGACCACGCCUGCCAUACUCCCACAGCCCACUGCUGCCACCAUCGCCGCCCCCACCCCGAAGCCAGUGGACACCACCCCACAGAUCACCGUCCAGCCUGCCGGCUUCGCGUUUAGCCCAGGGAUCAUCAGUGCUGCCUCCCUCGGGGGACAGACCCAGAUCCUGGGUUCGCUCGCCACGGCUCCAGUCAUUACCAACGCCAUUCCCAGCAUGCCGGGGAUCAGCAGUCAGAUCCUCACCAAUGCUCAGGGACAGGUUAUUGGAGCACUUCCGUGGGUAGUGAACUCGGCUAGUGUGGCCACACCAGCACCAGCACAGAGCCUACAAGUCCAAGCCGUGACUCCCCAACUCUUGCUGAAUGCCCAGGGCCAGGUGAUUGCAACCCUAGCCAGCAGCCCCCUGCCUCAACCUAUGGCUGUACGGAAGCCAAACACACCGGAGUCCCCUGCUAAGAGUGAGGUGCAGCCUAUCCAGCCGACGCCGGCUGUGCCGCAGCCUGCCGUGGUCAUCACCAGCCCGGCCUCAGGAGUCAAGCCCUCUGCUUCAGCUCCCAUCCCAAUCACCUGCUCCGAGACCCCUACCGUCAGUCAGCUGGUCUCGAAGCCGCACACCCCGAGCCUGGAUGAGGACGGGAUCAACUUAGAAGAGAUCCGGGAGUUUGCCAAGAAUUUUAAGAUCCGGCGGCUCUCCCUGGGUCUCACACAGACCCAGGUGGGCCAGGCUCUGACUGCAACAGAAGGUCCAGCCUACAGCCAAUCAGCCAUCUGCCGGUUUGAGAAGUUAGACAUCACACCCAAGAGUGCCCAGAAGCUGAAGCCGGUUCUGGAGAAGUGGCUGAAUGAGGCGGAGCUCCGGAACCAGGAAGGCCAGCAGAAUCUGAUGGAGUUUGUGGGCGGUGAGCCCUCCAAGAAACGCAAACGGCGCACCUCCUUCACGCCACAGGCCAUAGAGGCUCUCAAUGCCUACUUUGAGAAGAACCCCCUGCCCACUGGCCAGGAGAUCACCGAGAUCGCUAAGGAGCUCAACUAUGACCGUGAGGUGGUACGGGUCUGGUUCUGUAAUCGACGCCAGACGCUCAAAAACACCAGCAAGCUGAACGUCUUUCAGAUCCCUUAGGGCUUCCUUUCAGCCCUUGUUCCAGCACUUUCUACUGUUCCCUCAGCAACUGGCUGUCGUCACGGCGGCGAUAGUACCAUGUGCAGCUGAGCUUGCCCUAGGUCAUGAGACUCCACCUGUGCAUGUGUGUCAAUGCCUGCCUCUUCUGCCCAAUAUGUCACACCCUUAGGAGGAGGCCCAAGGGGCUGCAUGAGAGCCCUAGGCUCUGGGCUGGACAGAUGGGAGGAGGGGAUUUAUGGCGUUCUCUCAAAAAAGCACUUUGCCAACAUGGUUACUGAAGGGUAUGUUCUGGUUGGAACCAGAAAGGCUCUGUCUUUGGGGCGGGGCUGUAGCAAAUCUUGGGGACUGCUGUGCACUAGCUCUUGUUUUUGGUGGCACUCUCCACCCCUUGCCCUUAGCUCCUCCGAGGUUGUGCCAGUGUGACAGUUCACCCAGCGGGACCUCAGCCUCACACUGCCCUCUUUUACUUUCUACAUGGGCACAUUGACCCACUUAAAGGACCAAGGAGAUGAAGUUCAGAAGUGUGAACUUCACUGUCUGCCUUGACCUCCAACAGAAAGUCCCAGAGCUGUGGGGUCAGAUGCUGGGAGGUUCCUCCUGGGGUCCUGGGAGUGGUGGGAUUGCACUAAUGCAGAACCUUUCCUCUGCAAAUCAAGUGGGAAGGGAAGCAACAGCGAACUCUCCAAUCCUGGAGAGUCUUAGGUCUGUGGCAGGUCUGGAAUUUAGUAAAUAUGGCCAUUCGCACAGAUUUUAAUCUAAUCGUCAUCUGUGACUGUCCCCCAAGGAAAGCUCUCUAGGGAGCUGUCAGCUUGGGAACAUUUUCACUGCCCACUGACACAGGCAGCUACAGGGGGCGCGGAUACCCUCUCUUAUGCCCAUACCCAUCUCAGUCCAGCACCGAGGCCUCUUUAGAGGAAUAAAUUGAGUGAGAAGCCCGAAAGCAAGGAGCCGGAGUGAGGAGGAGGGCAAUGUUCAGAAAGAUGAUGGUCCAGGAAGAUGUCUAGUUGAGGCUGGCUUACCUCUCACUUUCUUUGUAACUUUAAGUCAUGGAUGUUGGAGUUUUCACUUUGUCAGAUUGCAGACCAGAUCUGUGUGUGACAAGCCCCGUGCCACUCUGCCAUGCUCCUCUGAGCCAAGAGUGCCCAGGUCGGUAUGGACUUUGCCUCCGUAGGUGAUGGCUCGUGGGGGCUAGCAUCAUAUUCAAGUCUCUAAGUGAGCUUCCAGCCACAGGGAGGCUGGCCAGCCCUUUGAUGUCAGUGUGUUGGCUGGAGAAUGUAGCUCGGUGGGAGAGAACUUUGCACUUACAAGGCUCCAGUUCAGUUUCUAGCACUGAGGAGAAAAGCAAUUAGUAUUUGGUUUCAGGAAGUCAGGAAAGAGCUAAGAUAAUUGCUUGAAUGACCCCAGGAUUGCCACGUAGACUGCCCUUGUCUACAAGGAUAAGGACAACCAGUCACUACUUUUUAUUUUGGUUUUUUUUUUUUUUUGAGAUAGGAUCUCACUUAGUUCAGGCUGACUUGAAACUUGUGGUUGAAAAUGACCUUGAACUCCUAAUUGACCCUCCUGUGUCCACCUCCCAAGUGCUGGGAUUAUAGCCUUGCCACCGUGCCACCGUACCAUGGCGCCUGGCUCUUCUCUACUCUCAGCCUUACAGAGCCUGCUGUCUAGAUGCCCACCUUGUACCUCAUGUUAUCUGUCCCGAGGAAAUGACAGUCAAAGACACAUUACCUUCUCUGCUGAUCACAGUGCAGAGACACUGAGGCCUCUCCUCUCUGUCCCCUUUCCUCUUGGGUCCUGCAGUGCCAGUGUGGAGAAGCAGCUGGUAGCUCUCCAGUGAGAUGGGGACAGUAGUAUGUGAAUUAACACACACACUCCACGACAUUCACAUCAACCAAACCUGCUGGGGUCUGCAGGGAAUAAGGAGGCAGGUGCACAGUUCUCCUGACUCUGCCUCCCAGGACAGAGUGUCCCCAGAGGGGGAAGGCCGUCUCCUUGACGACUGUGAUUGUCAGCUGCUUCCGUGUGAUGGGAAGUCAGGAGGGUACAGUGCGGAUGCUUACAUCUUGGAGCUUAUCAAGUGACUUAUAAGAAAUUAUAUGCAGCUUUUCUUGCUCAACACCUGCACUCAAGAGUGCUGUCUUUUGUGGGGUGACAUGUUGUAUGAAGUGUGGACAUGCUGUGGCCAUGCAGGAGGAUGCCAUCUGUUCUGUGGCAUGAUAGGAAAAAAUCAUGAACAACUGAUCUAAAUUAAACCUGGCCAUGCUUUCUCACCCCGUCCUUGGUCUAAACUUGUCUUCCCAAGGCUGGGCCAGAGUAAACCAUUUUCUCCUGUGUAGGAAAGAUGCAUUCGGAACAGUAGGAGAGCCCGGAUGUUUACAGGCUGGACUUCCCAAAUGUGAGGUGCAAGGUAUGCAUAAAGUGUCCCCAAAGUAUAGUUUACUUUGACGUAUGAACUCUGCCUCUGCUCCCCCAGUCUGAGACACUAACCUACAAGGUAGUUUUUGUUGUUCUUUGGGUUUGGGAACAUUAGACUCUAAAAAAAAGAGUUAACAGUUUUAUUUCAAAAGCACCCUCCUGGACUUAAGCCCAUGCCCAGUGGCUCUCUUGCUCUGGAAGACAGGAGAAUGGGCAGAAAGUGGUCAACUCUGUGGUUGGCUAGUUUGAAGUGCAGGAAACUAGAACUGUCUACGGCCUGCUGAAUCAGCUGGGCUCUUUGACCCUGCGCUAACUAUGGCGUUUUUUUUAUCCAAGCAAAGUCCAGAGAAGAAACUGGUCACAUGAACUGUAAAUGCACUUGAAUUUGGAAUGAGAAAGCCUGAUGUGUUUGUGUUCUUGAAAAUCCAGUCGCCUUCCUGUGCCCAGGAUUCCCUCCCUGCCUGCUAGGCCAGAUUCUGGCAUUGAAGUCCUGAUGGUCUCCCCACAAGGGGCACUGGCACUGCCCCCGAAAGCUGGGAGAACAGGGGAGAAGCACUUGGUGUAGUUGUGUGAAUAAACACUAUUUUUUUCUUUUGUA